CCUCCUCGGGCAUCUUCUCCCACUGGGCCUCGAUGUUGGAGAGGGGGAUGACGGAGGCCUUGGAGGAGGAUGCGGCGGCGGGGCUGACGUCGGCGUGGUGGGCGGCGGCGGUGGCGAGCGCGCGGCGGGCGACGGGUGCGCGGGCGGCGGAGUGCCGUGCGAGGCGGAGGGCAGCGGCGGCGUGCAUGGCUGGCUGGCUGGCGCUGGCGCUGGAGGAGGUGAAGGAAGCUAAACUGCAGCGAAAAUGCGCAAGAACAAAUUCAAUAAAUGUCGGCGGCGGAAUUCGGGUCGCCGCAACUGGGCCGCAAACUGCCGGGCACGGCAUCAUAUCUCAUUCCGAAUUAUCAACACAUCAUUGGGCGAGGGCGGUCUCGAUGCAUCCGCGGGGAGGGCAGAGCUCAGGGUUACCAGCGGCGGGGCCCCACGAAGGACUACACACGAAACGAGGCAUUUUUUCAACAGCGUGGUGGGAAGUACAGACACAAUCGUACACGUCGCUCAGGCAGCAGCGACAGCGCCGGGGCAGUCACGCGAGAUGUGGCUGGAACUGUAGCACGCCUUCUUCUGGGGGUUAGGGCAGUCGCGGGAGAUGUGGCCCUACGGACGAAUCAGCAAGAAUGCGACAUCGUGCAAGCGUACUCACCGUCUCGGAGCAGUUGUAGCAACACUUCUGGCUCUGGAAGCCACCGCCGUAGCCGUAGCUGCCUCCGCCACCGUAGCUGGCGUUGCCUCCCGGAGCAGGUUCAGGGCAUGCACGCGCCAUGUGGCCCGCCUUGCCGCAGCGGUAGCACUCGCCACCGCGCGCGCCUCCACCGAAGCCUCCACCGCUGUAGCCGCCAGCGCCGCCCGCGUCCGCGCUAGAACAAUCACGAGACUGGCCUCAUCAUCAGCACAGUGUCCGCUCUCCAGGAAGUAAACCCCCACGCACGAUGUGUCCCUCGCCGCCGCACUUGUAGCACGUCUUGGGCUUCGCCUCCUGCGA